ACUCCUCCUCCUCCACCUCAUCUUCAUCCUCCUCUUCAUCUGAAGACGAUGAGCGCUCCGGAGCUGAACCGGUCUCUGGAGCACCUGAACGGCACACCGUGGUUCGUGUCCGAGUGCACGCUGCGGCUGGACGCCGACUCACGCCGCAUGGCGCUCUUCCUGCUCUACCUGCUGGUCUUCAUGGUGGGCCUGCUGGAGAACCUGCUGGUGGUCUGGGUCAACUGGCGCCGCCGCCACUCGGCCAACGGCGUCCUCUUCUGCGUCAUCAACGUCAGCCUGUCGGACCUGAUGGUGAUCGCCGUCCUGCCGUUCUUCAUGAUGGAGGUGACCAUGGACGAGGUCUGGCUGUGGGGUCGCUUCCUCUGCAAGGUCACCAACCUGGUCUACUUCGUCAACUUCUACAGCAGCUCCUUCUUCCUGGCCUUCAUGACGGUGGAGCGCUACCUGUCCCUGGCCCGCCCGGCAUCUCCGCCCAUCUUCCCGGUGGCGGGCCGGCGGCGCUGGAUGCUUUGCGGCGGUCUGUGGGCGUUCUCUUUGUUCCUGGCUCUGAUGGAGAACGUCCACGUGGACAUCCUGGAGUGGGACGAGCCGGGCUGCUACAUGCUGCCGGAGUACAGCUACACCCAAUGGUACGUCUCUGUGGCGUUCCUCUGCCUGAUCUUCCAGUUCCUCGGACCCGGCGCCGUCAUCGUCACCUGCAACCUGCUGAUCGCCCGCGCGGUGCGCACGGCGCCGGACGUGCGCGGCCGCAGGGACGUGUGGCUGGUGCACGUGUACUCGCUGGUGUUCGUGGCGUGCUGGCUGCCCUACCACACCGUCAUGUUCCUGAUGAUCGUGGACGAGCUGGACCCCCACCUGUUCAGCUGCAACAUGGUGGAGGGCCUGUACUUCUCCUUCAGCGUGGUGCAGAGCCUGUCGCUCUUCCACUGCGUUGCCAACCCCCUCCUCUACAACUUCCUCAGCAAGAGCUUCCGGAACAACCUGAUCAACGCGGUGGUGAGCCACAUCCCCAGGGAGGGUCCGGCAGACCGCCAGGGUGCCUGGCCGGACGCUCCCGACGGGACGGACCCGCAGAAGGGCCGUGAGACCAGCCGCCCCAGCACCGGCCAGUCCGACGUCAGCUCCUAACAAGUGGCACCAGGACCUGACCGACGGGGGCGGAGCUCCGGGAUCGGUCGGACUCACCUCGGCCUCACCGUCCACUGAGUCCAUGUCCUUUUCUUUUCACAUGUAUCUGACAACCAGAGGAGACAGGAAGUGUGUCAUGUU